AUGGUGGAGGAUGUGUACAAACAAGGGCCAGCUGCUAUUCGGAAGGCAACUCAGAUAAUACGAACCCAUAUUCUUCCUCAAGUUGAAGGCCUACAAGAGCCUAGGGAGUCAGAGGCUCAAAGGGGACGACCACCUAAGAGGACCAACGCCCGAGAUCCUUCCUCGUUUGAGCAUGAGAGGGCAAGGUCAGCAAAGAGGAGCAAAACAAAUCAGAUCCCGAGGACACUUAGGAGCAAAACCCCCGCAGGUUAG